UUCUGACACAUACCCUAAGAACUUGAUCAUGGACCGAAAUAGAAUGACCUAACUAUAAGGUCGAGUCGGGCUUUUCUUUCUUUACACUCUCUAGAGUGGCAUGGUAACCACUAAACAUUUUUUUCGAUAACCAUGGAAGAGUAAAAAAUUAGAGUGAAAGAAAAAGAUCAUGGAGAGGAUCAUAAUAAUUUGGUAGUUAGAUUGUAAAGGUCUGCCAUUUUCUUUCCAUUGUUCUUUGCCUCCUCUUUUCUCUCUCUCUGUUUCAGUCUCUUUCCUUUAUUCACGCCGCUUUCUCUCCCAAUUCUCACAGUUCCUGUCUCUCUCCUCUCCAUUUCAUUACCAAAAUCUACUCUCCCACUGAACUUUCCCCCAACAAACUCCACCAUCGCCAUUGUUACAGAGCUUCAAAAACAGAGAGAAAAAAAAGGAAAGAAAUCAUAAACAAUGUCUGAAAUUUCCAUCUCCAAGAAAGCAUUUGGAUUGUCCUGUGUCUCUCAUUUCUUCCAUUUCUUCUUCUUCCUCCUCUCUCACCCUCUUCACUUGUCUUUCUUCAUCUUCUUCUUCCCUUACUUUCUCAAGCUUCUUUCCUUUCUCUCUCCUCUCUUCAUCACCACUUUUCUCCUCCUCUUUGCAUUAUUCUCCCUGUUUGAUCAUCAUCUUCAUCACCAUUUUCAUCAUUUUGCAGAUUCUUCCAAAAUGGGCUUUCUUGCUACUACUUACCAUGUUGUUUUUGACAGUUUACGCCCGAGAACACCAGACGAAUCCCCCAUGGAAGAGCUUGAAGCUUACAAAAUCGUGUUUGAGGCUUACACUUUUGGCUCUGAACAAAACCCAUAUGAACACAGUCUCCAAGAAGUAGAAGUGGAAGUCGAUUUUCAAGAACCCAUGGAGCAUUUUCCCGAGAAAAUCAAAACUCUCCCGGAAAAUCCCCUGAUAAUAGCAGAAGUUGAAGCAAAAACAGAGGAAUUACAAGAAGCCAAAUUCGAAAACAGAGACGAAAAGCAUGAAAUCAUGAAUGAUUUGAAAGAAUCAUCGAGUUCUUCAAGAUCUGAAUCGAGUCCUCCAUGGAGUUCACCAGGGAGUUUUGGUAGAGAUUAUUCAUCAUUAGGAAGCUACGGAUCGAUGAGGAAAGAGAAAGAAUGGCGAAGAACACUCGCCUGUAAGCUCUUCGAAGAGAGGCACAGUUCAGAGGAAACAGAAGGGAUGGAUUCACUAUGGGAAACAUACGAGAAGAAGGAGAAAGACAAUAGAAAAUCCAAGAAAGAAGAAGAAGAAGAAGAAGAAGAAGAGGAAGAAGAAGGGCAACUUUGCUGCUUACAGGCACUGAAAUUCUCGGCGGGGAAGAUGAAUUUGGGAAUGAGGAGGCCAAAUCUUAUGAAAAUGACCAAAGCUUUGAAGGGAUUUGGAUGGUUGAGUAGAAAAGGAAGUAGAAAGAGAUUGAUCCAUUGAUGAAUUGUUUUGGGUUUUUUUUUUCUUUUUGGUUCUUCAUGUUCUUCAUCAUAAUCAUUGUAAUCCUCCAUUUUUUUCUUUUGUUGGUUUGGUUUUCGUUUUGAUUCAACUGUUCAAAUAGUGAAGGUAUAUAAUUUUUGUUCUUGUUGCUAAUUGGAUAUCUA